AUGGACGACCAGACCGUCGUCAGAGAGAACCUUGCAGGUACUACGCUCAGGGCAUAUGCACUCACGGCGAAGCCUGUCGCUUUUCUCACGAAGGGCCCGGACCUGUUCGGGAACCAUGUCGCUUUUUCGCCAAAGGAUUUUCCCAACACCGAGUGGAUGGAGGAGCCCAAGCAUACUGAGCAGUGGACUCGUGAGAUCGGAGGUGCUUGGGUUGAAUUCGGAAAUGGAGCGGCUGUCACUAACAUCACUCUUCUCUCCGACUUUUCCGCUAUUCAAAUGCGCCAUCUGCCCCCGGGAUCUUCGGCACGAUCGGUGCAAGAACUGUUAGCGGACGUAGGCAUCGCCGUAUCUAUAAGUGACAUCAAUUUCAUCAAGCUGGUGAAAAAUCGAAACGGGAUGGCAAUUAUCAAAGUCAAAGACCCAGAGUUUGCCAAGUCCGCCUGCUGGAAACUACGCACCUGUAUUCGAGCACCUGACUUGGAAGUCACCCAGAUCCCCGUUCCUUUACCAGACGGAUCAUCGUUUGGUCUCGUCGACAGCAGAAACGUCCGCUGCUCAUGGCACAGACCGACAAGAAACGCCACUCUUUCGUUCAGGAACCCAGCAGAAGCAUUCGAGUCGUACUACAAGCUUAAAAACCAGCAACUCAAAAUCGCUGGCUUGCUAGUCACAGCUAGAAUGCCCGCCGCAGAGGAUGCUACUGAAAAGGAUGGGCCAUGGCAGAUGGAGUUGGAAGGCUUGGUGGCCACUAUCCCUUCGGAGGAUAUCAUCAAGAUUUUCCCCCCGUCUGGAGCACCCUAUGAAGUUGAGAUGGGUGAUCCAAGUUACGAGACCGACUCGGAAAUUGACUCGACUAUCAUAAAAUCCCUGCUCUACGACGUAGGGGCCUUGGAACAAUGGGAAGUGUUUGGGAGUUCCACAGCGAGAAGGGUCAAGGCACAAGCUCGGUUCAUCGAGGAAUCUGAAGCCCUGGAUGCCGUCACGCAGCUGAACGAGACGUGGCUGCCGUUCAACCCUUCUGGGAAACUCUACCUUCAGCACGUGCAUCUGGUCAAGUUUAGGGUUUCAACCCGCGUUUAUGGCGUUGUUGAAGACAGCAUCGAAUCGCUGCGGAAAGAUUGGGAACGACAAUUCGUUAAUUUUUCCUCAAAAUCUGAGACCGGCUACAGAGUUCUGAAGCUUGAGAGCCAGGAUCGCGAACCCUUUACGCAAGCGAAAGAGGCCCUUGAAAAAAUCAUCAAUGGAACGACUAUGACCUUGAAUGGGAAGAACCUAUGGUCUCCCGAUUUCAAAGCUGAUAGAGGAGCAUAUAGGAGGCUUCAGGAGAUUGAACAAGGUCUUGGAGUUGUCAUUAUCCGCGACAUCAAAUCCUCCAAAUUCCGAGUUUUUGGCCCGGAAGACAAGAUUGUGCCAGCAUGCGAAGCACUUGACCAGCUUUUGCAAGAACUGCAGCUUCAAUCAACAGGACACAAUACUGAGCAAUCACAGGCGGAAAAGGCUACCGGAGGCGACUGUGCAGUCUGUUUCUGCGAAGCCGACCAAGCUCUCACAACUUCAAGCAUCCACGAUCGGUGA